GAAGCGCGCCAAAGGAGCCACCUCACCGUGCACGAUGGGAUGCGGGUGGAAAAAGAAGAAAACUAUCGAGGACCCAUUUCUGUGACCUUUUUGUGGGAAUUCCCUAAUGAAGACUGUCCAUUUUGCGCUCAUGACUACAGAUCAACUUAGUGGACUAGUGGAACCUUAUCAUUUCUUUCCACGCUUUUAUUGGCAUAAAAGAUUGUCAAGUAUCAGCUUUGAUGACUUUUUAUGAACUAUUGUUUUCCCAAAUGAGGCGUGUCUGCAACAAAGGACGCACUUAAGGAGCUACUGUGACAGUACUUAUUUAUUUUCUAAGAGUUUACAACAUAUUUAAUGAACCUAGGGAAAUAUUUUAUGAGCUGGAGAAAUGUUAGUUUCUAGGGAGGGGAUGAACAGUGAAUGAUGACAUGGGGAAAAUGGGUUUUAUGGAGUCAGGGAUUUUGAAUUGAAAGGCGUCGAUCUGUGUCCUGACGCAAACGAGACCCACACGUGUUUUGUGAGCUUUACAAUGGACUCGGAAGCUCCGUCGUGGAGGAUGCGAGGGAGCUAACAUUUGGAGGAAAAACAGCAGACGACAACGAGAGAGGCAAAAAGAGCAAAAUAUGGCCUCAGUUCAGGAGAGUGGCUGUUCUCUGGAGCUGAGCAACUGGAAUGCCAGCGGCGUCUCCGUCCCUUGCAACCAGAGCGUCCUCAAGCCCCCGCCGUAUUCGCCCGAAGCUACGGCGGCCUUCGCCACUGCCAUAACACUGAUGGUGGUCUUCACCAUUGUGGGGAACAUCAUGGUGAUCAUCGCCGUGCUGACCAGCCACUCCCUGCGAGGACCGCAAAACCUCUUCCUGGUGUCGCUAGCCGCCGCAGACAUCUUGGUGGCCACGCUCAUUAUCCCUUUCUCUCUGGCCAAUGAACUUCUGGGCUACUGGUACUUCAAGUCGCUCUGGUGUGAGAUCUACUUGGCCCUGGAUGUGCUCUUCUGCACCUCCUCCAUUGUCCACCUGUGCGCAAUCUCUUUGGACCGCUACCUGUCCAUUUCCAGGGUCACCUACGGCCGCCAGAGGACUCCCAGACGCAUCAAAGCCGCCAUCGUAGUGGUGUGGCUCAUCUCUUCCAUCAUCUCCUUCCCCCCGCUGCUGUCGCUCAACAAGAGUGAGGUUGGCGACCUCACCAACGAGAGAGGACCUCAGUGUAGGCUCAACGACGAGCGAUGGUACAUCCUCUACUCCACCAUCGGCUCCUUCUUUGCCCCGUGCCUCAUCAUGAUCCUGGUCUACAUAAGAAUCUAUCAAAUCGCCAAGCAGAGAACUCGCUGUCCCCCGGGCGAGCCCCGCAAGGAUGGAGUCGGCGCCGCAACGCCGAGUCAGCCCAAGCGGCAACAACAAGCCAACGGUACAAAAGACGAUGAAAAAUCCUCUUCUGCCGAAAAAAUGUCCAAUGCCAGACCCCCAACCCUCGCCGUAACACCUUCCCCUUCAGGUGGUCAGGCCGAACCCUUACGGGAGCCCGACCCUAAUAAUCUGCAACUACCACCUCCAUCUCCGGCAACGAGCCCGGUCACCAGCUCCCUAGAUACCUCUCAGCAUGUCCCCCCCCCUGCACCCACUAUGCCUCAGUCAAGCAAAGGAGCAAGCAAGAAGUUCAAGGGUCAGAAGCAAAGCAAAUCCCAUAACAACAACGGUGACAGCUCCAGCACCGACAGCGAGGCCAGCAACGAAAGGGGCCGAGGGAGCGCCAGUAUGCCGGGCUCGCCUGCGGGAGGAGGCAUCCACUCCCCGGGUUCCAUUAAGCGCUACAGGAACAUGAUCGCCACAUCGAAGGGGGCGCGCUUGGCGCCGGGCAGGAAGUCCAAAAUUGAUAAUAACCCCGGGGCGGCUCGGCGGAAAGCCAUGGUCAACCGUGAGAAACGCUUCACCUUCGUCUUGGCCGUGGUCAUCGGCGUCUUUGUGGUGUGCUGGUUCCCAUUUUUCUUCUCCUACUCCCUCCAAGCAGUGUGCCCCAUAACCUGCGCCAUCCCCGACCCACUCUUUACUUUCUUUUUUUGGAUCGGUUACUGCAACUCCUCCCUCAAUCCAGUCAUCUACACCAUCUUCAACAAAGACUUUAGGAAGGCUUUCAAAAAAAUUCUGUGCAAAGGCACCAAGGGUACGUUCUUUUAGCAUACACUUUUUGACUCGAACCGAUUAGACAAGCGACACAGACAUUUUUCAAAGGGCUGUAUUAUUAACGUCAUGAGGUAUGGAUGUGAAAUUUCAAAUUUCUCCCAGACAGCCAUAUAAUGCGUUACCUGACAUUUGGGAUUAUGAAAUCCCCAGUGCCGUAUUUUUACACAAUCGGCUUCUUUCACUGGAUAGGUAAAGUUCAGGCAUGACUCCAGACUACGCUGAUAACAUCGCAGGAUAAUGCGAAGCAAAUUUAGCAAGUCACACUAAUGCUCUGAGCACAGGCGUACGAAUCAGGGAGGACAGACUGGAGCGUGUGUAUAUAUCAGGGAUGUAAUGCUUUUCUGAAUCUUGCGGUCAUCUCUUAUCAUUUCGUAGUAUGAUAAAUAUUGCGAUAUCAUAGGAAAGCACACUGAAUUGCAGCUAAGUACUGCUCGCCUAAAAAGAUAGCCGAAAAAAAAUUUACUUUAAGACCAAGAUAAUAACAGGACAAGAGUUUUAUCACAAUAUUGUCAUUAUAGUGAGAUCCCUGAUAUAUGUUUAUAAGUUGUAUGUGUAUAUAUAAAAUUAUGUGCGUGUAUAUACAUACACAUAGACCAGGGGUGUCAAACCCGCUGGGUUGUUCUUCCUGGCAGGCACCUUGUAGCUCAUUCAUACUGUACGUACAGAGUCACAUGCUUUUAUUUUGACAUCGGCGCGGAAAUUUGUGAUUUGGGCGAUCAAGUCUGUACGCUACUGCACUUGGCUCACUAUGUCCGCAUUCCAGUCAAAAUGGCACCAUCGAUAGCAGCCAAUAAGUUGACAGGAAAGUGACCCAAAAAUGCCCCAAAACCAUUAGGAAGUGACAUGAAAUCCACAGGAAGUCACCUGGAAAUGCCCCAAAAUCAAAAAGGAAGCGACCAAUAAAUGGCACAAAAAAUCAAUAGGAAAUGGUUCAAAAUUUACAGAAAGUGACCUGUAAAUACGUUAAAAUUGCAAGGAAGUGGCGCAAAAUAAACUCAUUGCCUGCCAAUGACAGAGACAGAUGUCCAGUUGCAGAUUCUCAUCUUUCAGUGCCAUUGAAGGCGCUAGACAUCCAACGGACGUCUACCGACGUCAGUGGCAGCCGGUGAGUUAAUUUAUUUGGCCAUAAAGUAAAACCGGUCCGGCCUACAUAAUAUUUAAUUGCCAUGAAUUUGGCCUGUGAACCAAACUGAGUUUGACACCCUUGACAUCAACACAAAGACACUUAUACAUAUAUAGGGGUGUGUAUGUGUGUGUGUAUUUGUGAAGGACUGUAGGGUUAUAGAAGAGAAAAAUCAGGUAAACACGAGAAAGACUGACCUUAGAUUCAAACAAGCCCAGGGCCCUUUUGUUCAUCAACACAGAGCACAAGGAGCACACAAGGUUAGUGGUGAUUUCUUGCAGUCUUAAUCUGUCCAGCUGCAGGGCAAACAUGUGUUUCUUGACUCUUAUCCAAAAGAGCAACAAAAAAAGGCAUCUGAUGAUGGAAAAAUGCGAUUAGAUGAACGGAAGGGUCCUUUUAUAAUUAAAGGAACACCAAAGCCUUUGUCAAACGUGCCAGAUGCUUCGGCUCUCAUCUGCCUACUGCUCGUGGUGGACUUCUCAGGUUAUGUGUCUGUGUUUGAAAUUUCAGCAUUUUCACCAGAAAAACAUAUAAUGCUAAAGGAAUGAGGUCAUCUGCUUUAACGGACCGGGCGGGACAAGCUUGCCAACAAUAAGCCUCUCUAACAAGGUUAUUCACACCAUGUCAUGGGAGGUUGAUCUACUGAUUUAUGCGCAUUACAUCUCAGAUUAUACAAAUUAUAAGUGAUGUGAGCAGGUAAACAUUGGAACAAAUGAUUAAGAGGACAGAAGCACGAUGUGCUAUCCAUGUAUAAAGUCAGCCCUCAAUUACGCCUACUUGGAUUACUCCGAAGCCCAUUUGCCUGAGUCACUUGUACCUGCAGUGGAGCUUUUUUUUUUUUUUUUUUUUUUUUUUUGGACAUUUUGUUUUGUUCAGGCUCUACAUUUUUUCUUGCGCUCGCUUUUUUUGUUCCUACCAGGCGACGGACGUUUGGCCGUUUCCUUGACAAACCACGUGUGUUUUAAGAGCACACAGGUUUAUGAACUCAAUGGGGCAAGGGCUGUCAGCGACAUAUAGUCUAAUUCUGCUGACCUGCGUGAGUGUGCGUGCGUGUGUGUAUGUGUACUCAAGAGAUAUGAUGAUGAAGCAUAGAGAUACUUUGCUUGUCAUGUGAAAGCUUCUUCUAUAUUUGUGAAUGUCAGAAUUAUGUCAGCUUAUUGAGAGACUCAUUUCAAAAUGUGCAUAUUGCGAAGGCAGGCGCCUUGCCUCUGACCACCCUACCGCAGGGGUGUCAAAUGUGCGGGGUUGUUCUGCCUGACGGACACGUUGUAGCUCAAUCAUACUAUAAAUACAAAAUCACAUGCUCUUAUUUUGACAUUGUAAAACAGUACAUUUGUGUGAUUGAGUGUGUGCGCUACUGCACUUUUCUGUCCGGUGUGACAUUCGUUCAUUCGCCAACUCUUAGUCGAAAUCGGCAGCCAACAAUUUAACAAGGAAGUGACUCAAAAAUACCCCAAAACCAACAGGAAGUGACACCAAAUCAACAGGAAGAAACCUGGAAAUGCCCCGAAAUCAACAUGAAAUUAUCCAAAAUGUACAGUAAAUGAACCAAAAGUAUCUUAAAAUUGCAAAGAAGUGAGGCAAAAUGGACUCAUUGCCUGCCAUUGAAAACAAUAGAGGUCCAGUUCACCUAUACUUGAAGGACUGGCUGUGAAUGUGCAUCUUCCAGUGCGAAUGACGCUCAAUCUCCAAUCCAUCUUGACUGGGAGGGGGCGAAUGAACAGUUCAUUCGCUCUUCCCAGUCAAAAUGGAAUGGAAGUGGAGCACCGUCAAUGGCACCCAGUGAGUUAAAUCAUUAGCCGAAAAUAAAGUAGUCCAUCCCACAUGAUAUCUAAUUACCAUAAAUGUGACCCGCGAACAAAAAUGAGUUUGACACCCCUGCCCUAAAGGAACCAAAGAGGCUCAGCCUGUCAUAUUGAUAUAUGGCUCCUAAAGUAUGUUGUUUUACUUCAGUCAUGUUUGCUGUGUGUGGAUGUGUGUUUUUGUGUGUGAUGGGAGGAAACCAUAUAAGACUGUACUAUUUAUUUCAAACUACUGAAUGUUUUUUCUCUAUUUAUUGUUCCAUUGCAGUGCUUUUAUUCCGAGGGUCCAAAGUAUUGGAUUGCUCAGAGGGUAAAAAUAUUGUAUUACAAUCUAAGGAGUAAGAGCCUUAUUGAUUUUAAACAUUAAACAGUGGCUUUUAUGUGAUGGUGCCACAGUACAUGAAACAAUGUGAACUUUCACGUGCAUAAAAUGCCCUGUGCAUGACCAUCUAUCAUCAUUUUUCAUGGAGAUAUAAGCACAUUUCGCAGAAAUAUCUGCUUUGAAAAAGAUCAGCAAGGGCAACAGUAAGCCUUGUUUUCUGAACAUUUCUAACAUACGCUGGAGUAAAAUGACCCCAACUAGUUGUGUUCAAUUGCAUUUUUGUGAUCGCAGAAUAACUCAUGCCCUCAUGACUGCUGUUGUAUUAAAAUGGGUUGCUGCUCAUCUGCUCUACCCGCCACUGUCAUUUUUUGCCUUUUGUGGUGAAGUUGCUGCUUUUCUUGGAAAAAAAAGAAGAAAAGGAGGAAGAAAAAUGGCUUGAGAAUGAUUGGUGCACUAAUCCAAAUCUUUUCCCUGGAACGCGCCUGUUGUGUAACUUCUCAAUGCUGUGUUGAGACCACGAUGCAUGGUCGGAGCUUUGGAAGUGUCAAUCCUCCAUCUGUGAUCACCCUUCA